CACCCUCCGCCGCAGCCGCGGGGCCGGAGCCGCGAGGCGCUUGGCGACGAGCGGAGACCAGAGGAACUCGGUGGCUAGCACAGCUCUGCUCCCGGACCUGUCAAGUCAGACUCGUGUAGAUCCAGAGGAUCAAACCCCGGCUCCGUAACCAGCAGCGAGCUCUGAGCGCAACCCAGAUGUGCCCGGAGCAGCAGCUCCUCUGUGUGCCGAGAAACGCGCCCAGAACACCUCCUCUCCAGGAAACUUGUAGGGACAGACUCGGCUGAACCGAAGGGCGCAAAGUGUCUCAACACGUGAUGGGAGCUGGCCACGGCGACCCCUGGUUCGCACUGACUCGCUGAGACUUAAUCAAAAGUCAGCGUUAACUGCCCUCAUUUCCCUACCAGGAGGUCAAAAAUUAGGAGAGGAGGGUGCCAGAUUGGAUUGAGAGUGAAUGCCACCAAAUGAUGCGCCUCGCGCGCCCAGGUCACCCUCCCCCACGUGCGCACAUCUCCAGCGACCCCUCCCCGGGAAGCCUAUGAGGCCGCGCCGCAAAAGAAGAGGGAGGAAUAUACAUCUUGAAGUUGGAAAAGACUCAGACCCGGUUACCCCUUCCUUUGCUGCUGAACUUUUCGUUUUGGUCCCCUGCAGGCGGGCGUGAGUUUCGCCCACCCCCUUGCUUACAUUCCUUCAAGAUUCGACAAGCCCUCCUCCACGGUAGACCUCUCUCCUCUUUCCCUUCCCCGCCCGCUCCCGCGGCCGCGAGGCCUUCCACCCAAACACCUCCAGGCUGGAGAUCUCAGUUACAAAGUUGGAGAGCGGGUAGUGAGUCCGAGAAGGACCACGGCGACCAACUGUGUGCCGGGCGGCUGUCCUCUGCUUGGUCCGCACGUGAGCGAUUCCCUAGGGCGCCACCCCUCGCCUCCAUCCCAGGCACGGAUGCGCGGCUCCCGCGCACUCGCGGCUCCCUAGCGGCGAGAGGGAGAAUCAGCACAGCGGGUGGAGAGAGGAAGGGCUCGCGGGUGGGAGGAACCCCCCUCGGGAGCCCGGGAAAUCCCGGCUUGCCAACCCCCUCCCCCCCCAACUUCGAGGCGCUCUCCGGCAGCGGCGGCGAGGAUGGAGCUGCCUCCCCGGGGCCGGGCGCCGCUGGACUCCUCGCUGGACAGCGCCUCCCUGACCUCGCUGGACUCCAGCGUCUUCUGCAGCGAGGGUGAAGGGGAGCCCCUGGCGCUCGGGGACAGCUUCACCGUCAACGUGGGCGGCAGCCGCUUUGUGCUCUCGCAGCAGGCGCUGUCCUGCUUCCCGCACACGCGCCUGGGCAAGCUGGCCGUGGUGGUGGCCUCGUGCCGGCGCCGCGGGGCCCUGGCCGCCGUGCCCAGCCCCCUGGAGCUCUGUGACGACGCCAAUCCCGUGGACAACGAGUACUUCUUCGACCGGAGCUCCCAAGCCUUCCGCUACGUCCUGCACUACUAUCGCACCGGCCGCCUGCACGUCAUGGAGCAGCUGUGCGCGCUCUCCUUCCUCCAGGAGAUCCAGUACUGGGGCAUCGACGAGCUCAGCAUUGACUCCUGCUGCCGGGACAGAUACUUCAGAAGAAAGGAGUUGAGUGAAACACUAGACUUUAAGAAGGACACAGAAGACCAGGAGAGUCAGCAUGAGAGUGAACAGGACUUCUCCCAGGGCCGUUGCCCCACCAUCCGCCAGAAGCUCUGGAACAUCCUGGAGAAGCCUGGGUCAUGCACAGCGGCCCGAAUCUUUGGGGUCAUCUCCAUCAUCUUUGUGGCGGUGUCCAUCGUCAACAUGGCCCUGAUGUCAGCCGAGUUAAGCUGGCUGGACCCGCAGCUGCUGGAAAUCCUGGAGUAUGUGUGCAUCAGUUGGUUCACGGGGGAGUUUGUCCUGCGCUUCCUGUGCGUGAGGGACAGGUGCCGCUUCUUGAGGAAGGUGCCGAACAUCAUAGACCUCCUUGCCAUCUUGCCCUUCUACAUCACUCUCCUGGUAGAGAGCCUGAGUGGCAGCCAGACUACGCAGGAGCUGGAAAACGUGGGGCGCAUCGUCCAGGUUUUGAGGCUGCUCAGGGCUCUGCGCAUGCUCAAACUGGGCAGGCAUUCCACAGGCUUACGCUCCCUUGGAAUGACAAUCACCCAGUGUUACGAAGAAGUUGGCCUGCUGCUCCUGUUUCUAUCUGUGGGAAUCUCUAUAUUUUCAACUGUGGAAUAUUUUGCUGAGCAGAGCAUCCCCGACACAACCUUCACAAGUGUCCCUUGUGCCUGGUGGUGGGCCACAACGUCCAUGACCACCGUGGGAUAUGGAGACAUCAGACCAGACACCACCACGGGCAAGAUUGUGGCCUUCAUGUGUAUCUUAUCGGGAAUCCUUGUCUUGGCCUUGCCCAUUGCUAUUAUUAACGACCGCUUCUCCGCUUGCUACUUCACCCUGAAGCUCAAGGAAGCAGCUGUUAGACAGCGUGAGGCUCUGAAGAAACUUACCAAGAACAUAGCCACUGACUCAUAUAUCAGCGUGAACUUGAGAGAUGUCUAUGCCCGGAGUAUCAUGGAGAUGCUUCGACUGAAAGGCAGAGAAAGAGCAAGUACUAGGAGUAGUGGAGGAGAUGAUUUCUGGUUUUGAAUUCACUUUCAGUUUACUCACAAAACUUGUGUAAAACUAACUUGAUUGAUAAAGCCUUGAUAUGGAUGUCUGUA